GUUUACGGCCAGGGCUCUGGCCGGGACUGCAGGCACCACGUGCAGAAACUGAACUCGCUGCAGGGUGAGGCAGAGGAAGCAAUUGCCUGGACAUCUGGGUGCGUAGAAGAGUCUGUAAAUGACAGUAAAACCACAGCAGCCCGAUGUGAAGACCGUUCAGUCCAGCAGGAGCGAAGGGCACAAGUCAGUCGCUGGACUAAAUAUCUGGACAAGGACAGUGAAGAUCAGGAAGAUGGGGAGGAGGAGGCAGGUACAGGAAGGCAACAGUUCUGUUCCCAGGGGAGGAGGAACACUGUGGAAGAACAAAGGAAACACCAGAAGAGCUUCCUCGCCAGUGAUGUUCAGGAUUAUGUAGAAGAAUGUGGAGUUCUCCAGCUUCCCUACCAAGCCAAAAAGCGCAAGAGAUGUCUAGUAGCAGUGCCCGAUCAGGAUGAUGGGGACAGCGCGGUUCCUGCUCUCCGUGAGUCCGUAGCGCCCGAGGAGAAUACGCAAACCCCAACUACUUGGACCAAACCCUCCAAGUGGGAGAAGUUUCUUUCACCUUCUGACAGGUAUAUGGAAAAUGCUGCCAGGGUCACCUUGUCACCACAGGAGGGCAGGGGAAGGUUGGGGCUGCACAGCACCACUGCGCCUGGCAGCGUGGUGCCCAGCGCCAGUGGCUCAGUUGAGGAGGCUGUGUUGUUCCAAGAACCUCAAAGCCAAUUGCUGAGGGCAGGAUCCGGUGCCUUUGAGACCACUGCAGGAAGGUGUUCUCUGGGUAACAAGGGUGCUUGUCCUCCUGCCUACGGUAACCCUGGGCCAAAGCCCAGCAGUGUUCUGCCUGAACCCCUCUUCUGCACGGGGGAGGAGUUUGAUGAUGAUCUCGGGGAAAUUUAG